AUGAAGACGACGGUGACCCUGGCCGCGUUGGCAUUUUGCUCUGUGGCCACCGCCGACGACGUUCUCUAUAGCAGUCGCUUCUCGAAGCGUGGCUUGCUUCCGAACGGCAAUUACAAUCUCUCAUUCUUCCACGUCAACGAUGUACAUGCCCAUUUGGACCAGUACACCAAACCCGGCGCAGACUGCACGGAUCCCGCCAAGGGCUGCUUCGGAGGAUACGCCCGCAUCAAGACCAAGGUUGACGAGCUGCGGAAACAGCAGCCCGAUCACCUGUGGUUAAACGCAGGCGAUGAAUUCCAAGGAACCCUCUUCUACACCUUCUACGGCGGAGAAAAGAUUGCCGAGACCAUCAACGACCUCAAAUUCGAUGCCAUGACUCUUGGCAACCACGAGUGGGAUGGCGGCGAUGAAAACCUCGGAAAGUUUCUCAAAAACCUCACGUUUCCCAUCGUCUCGUGCAACGUAAAAAGCACCGUCAAGGAUCUGAACGAGACCAUCAAAAACUACCAUAUCUUUGAGAAGCACGAUCUUGCUGUAAUCGGUGCCACAACAGAGACAACCCCCAACAUUGCAAACGUCGGCAAGGGAACCACCUUCCUGGACCCCAUCCCUGAGAUCCAAAAUGCCAUUUAUGAAAUCCGGAAUAAAACCAAGAUCAAGCGCAUCGUCGCACUCACCCACCUCGGCUACGAUGCCGACCAAAAACUUGCAAAGGAGACUGAGGGCCUUUCCCUCAUCAUUGGCGGCCACAGCCACACCUUGCUGGGUGACAUGGACAAGGCAGAGGGCAAGUAUCCCACCAUUAUCAAGGACAAGGUUGGCAACGAGGUGUUUGUGGUCACUUCGUACCGCUGGGGCGAGUAUCUCGGUUCAAUUGAGAUGACGUUUGAUAAGAACGGCAGGGCGCUUUCCUACCACGGUGCACCGAUUCACAUGGACAAUACUACUACUCUGGAUAAGGACCUGCAGAAGAACAUUACCGCCUGGAGAGGUCCGUUUGAAAAGUACGCCGCUGAAGUUAUUGGAAGUACUAAGAAUGUGCUGGACCAGACGACGUGCCAAAAGGGAGAUUGUCUGCUUGGUCAAGUCAUUGCGGAUGCUAUGCUUGAAUUCCGCCAGAAUCAGACGAACAGCACAGACGGCAAGCCUGAUUUCGCCAUCAUCAAUGCGGGUGGCAUUCGAGCGACCAUUGACCAGGGCAACAUUACCCGCGGAGAAGUCAUCACAUCUUUCCCGUUCGGCAAUGCCGUCACACAGCUAAAGUACUCUGGUGCUGAUUUGCGUAAGAUACUGGAAGGUUGCGUCUCCCGCGUCAACCAGUUCAGUCAGAAGAAGACAACAUCAUGGUUUCAGCUGUCGAAAAAUAUCGUCAUCGAGUAUAAUGAGGGCAAGGAUGCUGGAUCUAGACUUGUGAAUGCCACUAUUGGCGGAAAGACGCUUGACGACAAGGCGGACUACAAUGUGGUUACGGUUGAUUUCGUCGCCGGUGGUGGCGAUAAUCUCUUGAAGCCGACCAAGGACUUUAUCAGUCUAGACUCGCUCGACCAGGUUCUCACUUCGUAUAUCAAGUCCCACUCGCCUCUUGAGAAUGCGUUGGAAAAGCGUGUCGUUUCUUCGAAUGGGACCAGCGGAGGAGGAGGCACGGGCAAGAGUGGAAAUGGAGAGUCUUUGGGGGUGAAUUUGCAGGUUCCUGGUUUGGCGGUUGCGUUAUGUGCUUUGGUGGCGAUUGUUUUGUAA